AUGAGCUUUCACGUAGCUAUGUCAUAUUCCGUAUUAUUAUCUUGUGAGCCGGUGUAAAGUCUUUACAUUUGGAUGCAGGUGUCAAGGCACCAUGCAAACGUCCUUCCCGUUUGAAGACACUUAACUCUGUCUGUGUAUCGAGAAGACACACCACAUGACAGCCAUCAUGGAUCACAUCAAGAACAGCAACUCUUCCAUCAUCCAGAUGAUAGAGGAUGAGCUGCCCAAGUCUACAGUGUACUACCUCCUCAUCGCCAUAGUGAUGGCGCAGGCGUGGACGGUGUACCUCUCCUACUACCACUCCCGUGUCCUGGGCCUCAUCAUCACUGCCUUCAUCAACAAGUUCGUCAAAUAUGGACACAUCAGACUUGGAUCCUUUUCCUUCUCGGUGCUUUCGGGGAAGAUCAUGUUCCGGGAAGUACAUCUCAUCACCGAGGACUUCUCAUUUCGAGUUCAGUUUGGGUGGAUCAUCUUCAGGUGGUGGAGGCCCUAUAUCUACAAGGAACUGUCCGAAGACUUCUCCCACUCGGACACAAGGAUGUCCUUGUUCCUGGACGGAGUGGAGUUCCACGUGUACAACCGCUCCUCCAACUAUUCCAAGAUGGAGAAGCUGUUCGGGCUGAGUCCUGAUGCCGGGUCGGAGCAGGUGUCCACAGCACCAGGAGCGGGCAGCGGAAUUAAGGUUCCUGAAAAUGCUGACGGCUUGCACUGGAGAGACUUGAUUCCUGUCACGAAGAUAACCAUCAACUCUGGACGGGUGAUAUUUGGGAACUACCUCGUCCCCUACACCCUGAUCGGCAGCUUCGAGGAGGGCCAUCUCAUCUACACCACGAAGCCUGCGUCCACCCCCUUCGACAAGUUCAUGCAUGUGCUCAAGUGUAAGGUGGACAACAUGAAGGUGAUGCUGGUGCCAAGUCCCAAGUUCACCGGACCCACGGAUGAUGAGCCUCCAAGGUUUAUGGGAGAAGGUUUUGUGAUCCUGCAGUCUCGAGACGUCGAUAUAUACUUCUAUAUGGAUGAACCGGGAGUUGUCCCCCAUGAGCCCGAGCUGAUGGAGAUGGCAGACGGUGAGGUGGUCGUGCGGCGGACAUACCCCUGUAUGGGGGUGGACAUUAAGUGUGGACGCAACACAGACUUCAACUACGGCCCUUGGGUCGACAGGCAGAGGGAACACCUAUGGAAGUUCUUCUACCCACCUGACUACCAAGCUCAAGUUCCGUCAGUCGAUUCCGAACCAGGGGAAAAACGCAAUUACAAAACCUUUGAGGUCAAACUCAUAAUCAUUUCAGCUGCAACAUUUGAUAUCCUCUUUACCAAAAACUCGGAGACUCAGGCCGUGCACAUGAACACAGGUCAAGGGUCAUACAUAGAGGCCAUCAUUCCUUGGAUGAUCGAAGAGAAAGGCUACACCACGAAGGUCAAGGGUCAACUCAUGCUGCUGGACAUGACCACGAGUAUGACCUUCAGAUCGCUGGUGGAGUGCGAGACAUUCGAGUUUGAGGUGAGUGGGACGUACCCUAUCGUCUGGAAUGAGCACCAGGACUGGCGACUGGACUUCACUGCCUGUAAGGCCAUCGUCUACCUCAUAUUUGAACACAAGAACUUCUUUCGAGACCUGUCUGAUGAUUGGUCCACCAAGUCGCGUCCCGACAUCUACAGCUUCAUUCCUUACACAUGGACGGUCAAUCUGACGGUCAAGCAGUUCGAACUUCUCACUCUGGCCAAUGAGUACAACUGGAUUGACACUUCCUCUCAACACCCAGAGAAUGCUCAUAUUGCGUUUUGUGGCGAGAACAUGGAUUUGUCACUCCAGCUGCCCUUCGUCGACUUUCUCCCUGUCACCCUUCCCAUCCAGUUCGUCAUUAAGGGUGAGACAGUAGACUGCCGCCUGUACCUCCCUGAGAGUAACACCAGUAGACACGUCGUCAUAGCUCUGGCCGAAAACAUGAAGAUAUUUGACCGGGACGGCAACCCUACAGACAAACCUUUCGCCCAUGGAAAACAGAAGCCCUGGAGAAAAGUCACCACAAAGAGCACGGGAUGGGUGGAUUGCUGGAGCACAUCCCACGUGCUGUUGUCCAUCAGGUACACCUACCACCCCAUGGCCAUCCUGGGGACCCCAGUCAGCUCCAAGAUGGGACUGGAUGACCUCCCUACCCCAGAUCGGGAAGAGUCUCUGCUCAUGCCGCUGCGUCCACUGUGCAAGCCCGAGUGUUCCAACUCCAGGGUGACCCCGGAGACUUUCGAUGCAGCAGAAUGGGACCCAGACGUCUUUAGCGUGGAGCUGGAGGUGGCGCCCUCUGUCUUGUGUCUCUAUGGCUCUCUGUUCCGCUAUCUCAUCAAUGUCAAGGAGAACUACCUCGGUGAGGACCAGAAGGUGGCGGACUUCAAGGCCGAUGACAGCUCACCUGAGUCCGAGGACAGGGACUCCAGCUUCGUCAACAUCACCGCCUCCAACACAGAGAAAAACACGUCAUUCGACCCCCGGGCCUACAGGCCAUUUGCUGUGACCGUCUCUGUGAUACUACAGGAUAUUCAGGCACACCUUGUCCGGAACUGUGGACCUGAUGACAUAGCCAGCCCGUGUGCCAGGGUGGAGAGGCUAUGUUUUGAACUGGAUAAGUCCUACCUGGAGACCAAGUUGCAGCUGCUCCUGUCUCCCUCUGUCCUCAUUGCCAGGGACAACUUAGUGAGGGACGCUGACCAGGACCACCUGAAGGAAGGUCACCUGGCUCUGUCCGGUCUCCAAGUCCGAGGCCACGCCAUGUUCUCCCACGUUGGUCUGCCACUAGACUGUGAGACCCUGGAGUACGCCUGGCUGGUGGAGGCCGUCAUAGGGGAGGUGACAGGCAGACUCACAGCUCCACAGGUGCAGAACGUUGCCGAGUUUCUGCAAACGUUUGUGCUGCUGAUUGACGACCCGGAGAACAAACUGAAGCGUCCCACGCCCUGGGGCCUGUGCCAGCACAUGUUGCCCCAGCCCACCUGCCGCAUGCUGCCCUCCUGCCCCUUCCCCUGCCCCUCCAGCGACGACAUCAAGUACCGGCUGGUGCGCGCCUCCGUCGACUCCGUCAACCUCUUCAUUGUAGAGUCGGGAGCAGCUCUCAAUCUAUGGGUGUCCUCUGUGCGUAUUUCCACCUGUAAUCUCCAUGGCAACAACACCCGAUCAGGAAUCACAUGCGUGGUGGAUCAGGUGACCCUGAAGCAGCACAUCUCAUGCGCCCCCCUCCGUCUGGAGCCCGGGCACCCCGAGAUGUGGUUGGAUGCUGGAGGCUUCUCCUUCGGCCCCCUCAACGUGGAGGCAGCCAUGGCCCUGCCCAACUCCGAACUCCAUUACAUCCAGGACCACUUCCUGCACAUGCAUGACAAGAAGACGAGACGGCUGUGGUUCCUUUGGCCCGUACCCACCACCCACGCAGGACAGAAUGCAAACAUUGCUGGAAAAUGUGGAUGUCUUGGUGGUUGCGUGUUCUUCGGCAAGAACAAGAAUGGCACAACCUUCUUCAAAUCUAGACGACACAGAGAACAUACCAAUGUUGCCAUUCCUCAGGUCUUCCCUGAAGGUGUCGAUCCAGGGUUUGCCCAGAGCCUGCUGCAUAAGGACAAGCUUGUGUUUGAUGUGGGACACUCUCUGAAAUCCAUGACGCCUAAGAUGUCCCCGACCGAGUUCUCAUUCACCAGAGGGUACAUGAGUGACGUGGCAAGUCCCGACACCCCCGGGGUCAUCAGCUCCACCUUGAUGGACAGCCUCCUGAUAGGGGGGACGACUGACCAUGGGGAGCUGGACUCCUCCCGAGACAACACUCUCACCAGCGACAUCACCAGUGUCAGGAGCAACAUAAGAGGCAGUUGGAUGGAUGGAAGGAACAUGGAUGCCUAUGCUGACCCAAAAGUGAAAGACAGUAGUUCCGUCAGCAUACACUUCGUUGAGGACCGACACAGUAUCGAGAGUGCCACUCUACGGAGACAGACAUCCAUCACUGCGUCCACCUGUUCCAGUAGCCCAUCAUCCCCAUCGGUUCCCAGACAGGGCUCCACUCUCAGUGGCGGGAGUGUGGACUCGACUCUCAUCCACUCCACGACAUCCAAAAGUUCCAUACCAAGUCCUGUUCCUAUUCAUCGCAUUGCUGGGUCUGCCACAGCCAUGGACAAGCUGAUGUCCACGGUGUCACUAGAGAGUGACCGGUACUACUCAGCAGAAGAAGAUGUGCUCUCGUUGUCGGAAGCAGAUUCUCAGCAGCAGUACCAUUCCCUUCUCAGCGAGAUAACCGACUCCCCUAACUCUCCAUGCUUUGAUAUUCCCGGGUUCCCCUUCGGUCAUGACAAGACCAUUGAUGCAACAGUGCUGGAGCAGAAAGGUUAUCACCCAAACAUGAAUGACUUGGACUAUGCCAGCUCUGCAAGCAGCUCAACAUCUACACUGUCCUACACUUCUGCUCCCACAGAUCACGAGAGUGAAACAAUGUCUGGAGAAGCUCCUGAGGAAUUCUCUCUGAUCGACCUUCACAGUCAGAUGAACCAGCCAAUCACCAAGUCCCCGCUGUUGUUGUCCCGAUAUUCCAGUCACCUUUCGCACUACAACUGCCAUGACUGGGUGGCCCCUCCCCCCAUCCACUCGGCUGGGAAGAGCAUCCACUCCCUGCAGUCGGAGCACUCCCUGUCUUCGGCCAGUCAGUCUGUGUAUGGGUCGGCAGCGCUGUGGAUCCCACACUUCAGCAAGGUGCGACAAGGCUUCAGCACCAGUGUGAUGAAGGAGAAGAGCGAGCUGAAGCUGCCCUCUCCUCCAGGUCCCAGGCGGUCGGAGGCAUUUGAUUGGUCCAGAAUUGAUGAACAGAAUCAUGAAGAGGAGGACAAUGAUGACAAGAAGCACCUGGAGAAUACAUCAAAGACCACCGCGGUGAUCAAGGUGGCCGGCACCUUCGACAUCCUGGUGACACCUCUGCUGCUGGAGUCCCUUCAGAGGUACAUUGAAGCUGUGACACCCUGCCUGGCCAGCAUGCAUCCGUCUGCCCUGAUCGACCGUCUGCACAGCCACUGCCUGGACCAGCUGAAGCAGCAGAACAACUUGAAGAAAGGCCAGACCGGGAACCCGGACGACCAGGACCAGCCCGCCGACUUCCACCCCACGCUCUCCCAGAAGAGCAGCACCGACAGGAGAACCAGCGAUGUCGUGAAGACCUCCUCCCUCCAGGCAUUCUUCUCACUGCCUAAGAUUAACCUAUGUGUGAUGCAAGCCUCUUUGGUAGAGGAGGUGAUAUCCUUUGCCGUGCUGGACAACAUUAACGACCUGACUGCCGUGUCGCUGAUGGCCGUCUGUGUGGAUGGCAUCAAGUGUCAGCUGCUUUCCAACACCCACCACUGUAAGAAGCUGACCGGUGACCCUGGCCCGAGACGGACCAGUACCACCCCAGUCCAGCAACGUACCAGGCAUGACUCUAGUGACACAGAACAGUCCAUUGAACACACACGAGAAGAGAACGUCGGAACACUCAAACUGAACCGGAUCCAUUGUCAGUUGAGAAGGUUGUUAAAACACAGCAACUUCUCUGAUAACGUUGUCUUGACAGCUAUCCCUGAACACAGGUCCAAUGUACUAUUUACCUUUGAUCAAGACGGGUCUAGUUCGGUGUCACAUGUACCAGUGUCACCACGCAAGAGACUCUCGAGACAAGCCAGCAGGGACUCACGGGAUGGAGGCUUUGACGCCACAAUUGGUGUGAUCAUGUUCGAAUGUGGCCUUGAGGAGGUGUCUGUGACGGCGGUACGGAGGCUGGGGUACAAGGACACAAUGGACAUGCACCUUCAGCAGAAGAUGGACAACAUUGAGAAGGCGCUGCAGGAGCUGCAGGAAUGUACUCGCGAGGAAAUCGAGCAGCUGACAGAGAGCGGGACAAGUCCAACAGACCACGAGCCGAUGAGCUCCCCCUCCAGCCAUCACUCAUCAGAGUCCAUGUCGUCAUGGGAUUCCCGCCUGUCCCUGGCUUCCAAUGUCUCUGGUCUCCCUCCGCCCACUCCAGAACCUCUGCAAGGAGAUGCAUCCAAUGGGAGACUCCGACUCAAGACAAUAUGGCUCAGCUUUGCUGCGCCACCACCAAUAUCGAUAAAGAAGAAAGUGGACUUCACAAGACUGGACUGGAAUUUGCUGAGCACAGCCACGCCAGCCAUCAAUGCCUGGCUGAACCCCUGUGACCGCGCCAUGCUGUCGGUGAAGCACCUCGUGAGCGAGCUGACCAAGCGGAACAGUUCAGUGAUGGCCUGCAUCAUGACACAAGCCCUGGAGGAGCAGGGCAUCCACGUCUGCAACAAGAGUAAGUUUGGGAAGAUGACCAGCCUGUCUAAGACCCUGCAGGAUGAGCCCUCCAGCCAGCUUCUGACUGUGCUGCGGAAAUACCUGCACAUCCACGGCUGUGGCAGCAUAGAGAGAGCCGUGUUGUCGGAGACCGCCCCUCAACUCAUCACCAUGCAGAAGGGCAUCCUGGCUCUCACCCGUCAGUGGAAGAACGUGCUGUACAUGCCCUACAUGUCCGACAUCCACUUCAAGUCCAAGAAAUCUGUCCGACCCUACAAUGUAACGUUCUCCAUCCCCAAACCGGAGAGCUCGGAGAACUUGUGUACAGAUGAUGGCGAAGGAACGAUUGAACAGUUUGAUGUUGUGGAUGAGAAGACCUCCCUAUUGCAGGCUGAAGGGGGUCUGGUGAUGAAGUCUACAUCCAACCCAAGUCUCAUCAGCAGAGGCGGGCCGUCUAGCAGUGCAGCUGGGAGGGUGGAUCACGGACACGAUGGUGUGAGCACUGUGUCAACCUCAUCAUUCCAACCAAAGAAGUUCCUAGCGACGGUCAGAUCUCGGGGCCGUGGAGCUUUCCCUAAUCCAGUGUUAAGCUGCAUGGACUCGCCCGAUCGCAAAGUUGAACAGACGCAAACAGCAGCUACCCUGAGCCCUCCUACAGCCAUUCCGAGGAAUGACAGCAACUUCAGCUUCAUAUCAGCCGCAGAUAGUAUAUCUUCAAUAGAUCAAGCCAUAGCUUCAACCCCUCCUCACACUCCUCUGAGGACAAGCGGCCAGAAACAGCUGCACCUGAAGAACAGGUACAGCAAGAUCACAGACAUGUACCAGUGGAUGACGGCACAGCAAGAAGACUUCAAGGAUCCUCUCGAUGAUGGCACCAACUAUGGGCGAACGCAUGAGAACAUGUCAACUGGAUUUGGCAGCGCCUGGAGCCAGGAUGACAGUAGGACGGACGUUAAUGAGGAGUACCUCACAAUGGCGACCUCCAUCAUGCAGUUGGCUGAUGCACAGCUGCUGUUCCGGCCGCUGUUGCAGAGCCUUGGGUUGCAUGUUGAAGGAGUCAGACCUUCAGCGAUGAUGAAAAAGUUUGGGGGGCACUUGCUACUUCAGGCCAAUCUUGAUAUCCUGAAGAUCCAGAUAGCUGAAUCGGAAGCCUCCUAUUCCAAGGGUAGUCACAAGGGGAAAGGGAAGAGUAAGAAAUAUCGCCUCAACAUGAACGCAGGGAACUCAGCAUUUUCUUGUGAAGGGUUCGGGGUGAAUAUUUCCAUGAAAGAUGUUGUGGACUUUGGUCAGAAAGAUGCCGGUGUUGGUGGAAGGUCGAAGAGAUUUCCAUGGAAAUUUGCAAUGCAUAAACUUGAGGCUAAGCCGACCACCCUGCAAGUGAACUUCUUGAUCAAAUGUCAGGCCAUCACUCAGCAUGUGGACAUGGCCUUGUUGAGACUGGUCCACCAAGUGGUCACUAUGGUGGAUAAUAUCAAAGAAACUCAGGUGGAACUGAAGCAGAGGAGGUCCGGUUUUGAAUGGGUGAAGACCCACAGGAAACAGGAGUCCAAGGACUCUACAUCCAGUGCAGACACACAGCAAUCGGAUCUGUCAAAAGUUGACCAGCCAUCUGCAGAGACUCAAAUAUCUACACCUGAUCAGAGUCUUUGUUCCGACACACUAAUCCAAGAAUCAGAAAAACAUGUUGCAAAGACUCCUAAAAGUGUAUCCUCAUUCCGACUUGCCCUUGAUUCUAAACGGCCAGACAAACUCCCUCUAACAAGUUCAUCCAAAAAAUCCCAACUCCGAUUCGCCAAAGAACCAAAACGUAGAUCCGACAUAACUGUUACUCCGAGUCAACAUUCCGAAGUCCUGACUCCACCUCAGUCUCUGAACCUGAGUGAUUCGGUGACCAUGGACCUGGUGGACACUUCCUCUCCAGCCCUGGCCGAGAAGACGAUCGUGGAUGAGAUCAAGGAGAGCACACCCCAGUGCUGGCGACAUCUGUAUCACCUCCUGGAGCUCUACUCCACCAUGCCCGAACCCAAGACUGUCCUCAGGAAGCCUGGGAUGCAGAAGCUGCCCAUCAUUGAGGAGGAGGAGCCAGAGAGCGAAAUGAAGCGGGACAACAGCAAACUGGGUUCGGGCAGUCUGAAGCGAGACAGCAGCAAGAUGGGGUCUGGCAUCACCCUGCAGGAUGAGGAUGGGAAGAUUCCUGACAUGGGCAAUGAGGAGCAGGACAUUGGUGUGAAGGGUCCUUCCCUUGCACAGACAUCCUUCAUCAGGACAAGGUUCAAACAGAGUAUCUACAUCGGAGAGAGCAUCCCCCUGGUGGUGUACGGCAUCGCCAAGAUCGAGAAGGUGCAGGUGCUGGCAGUGCUGUCUGGCCUCAAGCUGGAGGCCGAGCUACGAAGGGUGCACGCCAGCGGGACGUACAAGGAACGGGUUAAAGGUUUCCUGCACCGAAAGUCAUCCGACUCCUCGUUCACCGCCCACGUGGGACACACGAUGAUUGUGCUGCUGGAGGGGGUGCCACCGAGCAUGCAGACUGUGGUGACCGUGAACAUCCGUAAGUCCCAGGCCUUGCACACCACGGUGAUGAGACGAGCCAAGGAGCACAACUCCGCGCUGGCUUCUAUCGGCCAUAUUGACAUCGACAUCCCACAACACCCUGUGGUGCUCCACGGCAUGAUGACUCGCAGCUCCAGGCAACUGACGUCAACGCUGCAGGAGUUUGGAUGGCCACUGUCCAGAACAGCCAACAAGCCACCGCAGCCUGACGUUGUGGAUGGUGAGGUGAAGGAGGAGGUGAAGAAGGAACAGACGGAGCAGUCGGAGAACAAGGCCCCGGGGAAACCCCGCCGCACGGGGCAGCCUCCCCCUCCCUCCGUCAGCAAGCCUGUGACCCUGCACAUCCACUUCAAGACGGUGUUCCAGGGCAUCACCACUGCAGCCUCCAUACUCCCUUCUCUCAAAGCUCAACAUAAGACUGGGUCUAUCACUGUAGCUGGCAUGACGGGAAAGAAAGCAAGGUUCACGGUCGUCCUGCCCAAGCAUACUCUCAGUUUCAGGUCAAAGGUGGUUACCACGGAGACCUCCAUCCCCUCGUCAGCGAGUAUCGAGCUGCCCCCAAUCCACGUGUACGCAGACUACCGCCAGCACAAGGCCGGAGCUCCUGUGUCGGAGACGCUGACGGAGGGCCUCAUCCUGAAGGCGGGGAGCUACAUGAACGCUGUGGCCGAGGUGGGGAUGCUGGAACAUAGCCUUACAACGGACCUCCUCAACCAUCUGGUGUUUGUACAGAAAGUCUUUAUGAAGGAGGUGAACGAGGUUGUCCAGAAGGUGUCCGGGUCGGAUCAGCCCAUGAGACUGUGGUCCGAGGAGGAGAAGUCCACCCAGGCCGGUGACCCUGAGCCAUUACUCUACUCCUUCUCCUUCAGGUUCAAGGGCAUCCAGAUCACAGCCACAACCCCGACCUCAAAUGCGGUGAGACUGGAAACCGGGGAGAUCGAGCUGGAGGUGUCCAACCGAGUGCACAUGGCCGCCAGGGAGAGUCAGCCAGAUCUAGACUAUGAAGAUAACCAGAAGGUCUUCAUCCGAGCCCAGAUAUACCUGAAUGUUGCCCUUGGUCAGCUGCUGAAGAACCAAGUGUUUGAGGAGGCUGAGCCUGAGUUUCAGACAAUGGCCUUCUUCAAGACCAAGAUAGGAAUCCGGAAUGCCUUGCAGGACGAGAUGAUCCCAGGCGUGUCCACCAAUCAGGAGGCCCUCAUCAUCAACCUCAGCCGACCCAUCGUGCUGGCCCAGCCCCUCGCCUUCGACAAGGCUGUGUUGGUGUGGCUCAACUACAAGAAUGCCUACGAGUACUGGACGGAGCAGAGGAUGUCCCUCAACAAGGAGGUUCAGACCGCCACACAGGAGGUGAUCAACAAGUUGCCACAGUUUGCCCAGGCCGCGGCGGCACCCUCCCUCAGCACGCUCUUCCUCCAGCUGACGGUGGACGACAUGGGCAUCUGUGUCCCCAUCGACACCCUCUCCUACCAGGUGCCGACUGGACCGGGGUUGGGACGCAUGGCAGAGAGUGACCCUGGGGCGGCGCUGGUGCUCACGAUCGAGAGUAGCCAGAUUUCAGCCUGCUCAUCAGGCUCCCUCGUCAGCAAGGGCAGGUUCAAAGGGUUCAGUUUCCGGUUUGCCGAUGACUUCGAGACUUCGUGGGAUGAUUGGAAACCCAAUGGGAAAGAGGAGCCGAACAUGAACAUCUGCUGUGUGCCCGAGGGCACGUACGAAGUGUGCUCCAGGACCAUCAACAAACAGGCCUCAGAUCCAAGGAGUAACGCCAAGUGGAUCCUGAACGUCCAGUGGCAGAUGCAGGGCAUUGAUGUCCACCUCGACACCAACAUCGGCAAGCGCCUGACGGCCUUGGGCCACAACCUCACUGCUCUGGCUGGGGAGGCUGAGGCUGGGUUUGGGACGGGAUUCGGGAUGCAGGAAGACGAGACGGAUGGCUUGGAUAAUGAGGCCACGGACACGGAGAUUGAUGACCCCGUGCGACGCCCGAGUCUUGUGUCCGACAUUCUCCCCGAGGAGCUCCUCAGUCAAGACCUGGACCCCAAGGAGAGAGCGAGACAGAUUGAACGGGAGAUGAAUGAACAGGCUAAGGUGGUGCAGGACCUCAAACAACUCGGCGCCACCCUGUCCAUUAUCGAGGCCGAGAGAAGAAAGCUUGAGGAGCUGCAGGCUAUCCUCUUCCACGAUUUCCGCCGAGACGUCUUCAACAAGCUGAAGAAACAGAGUGAACGGGCAUCCGCGAUAAGGGACAAGCUUGGAUUAAACCCGAAACCAGCACACAGCCGUUCUAAGUCCUAUGGGGGACACCAUGGAAAACGCAAGGAUCAUCAAGGCGAGAGCAGCCGUGUCACUUCGUACACCAUGGAUCCCAGGCGACAGGCUCGCACUCACUCCAUCGACCUGGCUGCAAUAUCCCCUUCAGGGCAUGUGGCCAGGGUGCAGUUCGGGGCCACCAGGUCCAACACGUACACUCCCCCAGGAACCCCAGAUGCGAUGACCUCAAGUUUUGACGAGACUGACCUGCCGUUGCUGCCAGAGAGUGUGUCACUGCAGGACCUCACAUCCGACUCCGAUCUGCCAUCAUCCACAGACUCGGACACGCCGGACUCGCAGAUCAACCUGGACACAGUGUUCCGACGAAGACCAUCCAGGACGAAGAGGAAGCUGAAGACAAGCUCCAACCCCAGCAUCGGCAGCGGCAUCGCUUCCAAGACCUCUGCUGCAGAACCCAACAUCGACUUUGAGCUGGAUGUGAAGGUGUUCAUCGACAGCGGCAAGUGUGUGCUGUAUCCUAAAGAAGCCAGGGAUGAGGAGGUCAAGAGACAACAGAAGAGGGAGAGAAACCUGUCAGGAGAGCAGACGGCAUCGCCGGUGAUGAGACGGAAGCUGAAGAGACAGGAGUCAUCCUCCACCCUGCUACAGGCCAAGAAGAGCAUUGUACCACCUCAGGUCCCCGUGGUAACCACCGUCUUCUAUCUACCUAGUGUUGAUGUCAAGGUUCACUACUACUCCAAGACCACCCUGGCCGAGCUGGUCCACAGCACCGGCAGCAUCUCUGAUGGGGAGAGGAUGUUCUCCUCCAGCGUCGACCGACCCGAUCUCACGGCACAGGCGUCCACCGAUGUGUUUACCACACAGUCCGAUGGCAACUGGGACAGCGUCGACAACUGCUCCAACGUGUCCAUCCUCAGUCGUAGAGGGGCAGUCAAGAAGGCCAACCUGUAUGCAUGGCUGUCAUUACAGAAACUGCCAGAGGAGAUGAUCAUCAGUCCUUGCCUGCUAGACUUCCUGGAACAAGCUCUGGAGCCUCUCCCAUUCUCUGCCCCCUUACACAAGAAAGACCUGAUGGGCAGUGUCCUGAACAUGGAUCUGGAUGCAUCCCAGGCCUCGCUCGGGUCACCAGUCAGCAUGGCCUCCUUCCCCGUGGACGUGGUGGUCUACAUCAAGGUGGAGCCUUCCGUCAUCCGCUUCAACUGCCGACCCAUAUCCCGUGUGGAGUGUCUGCUCCAGGUGCCCUCUCUGGAGCUUGUAUUUUCCACAAAGAAGUCCGACCUGGACGGCUCCAUUGCUGAAGGAACGCCGCCGAUGAAGGCAAAGAUCCCAAAACGAAGCCAUGAGUGGUUGCCCAGCAACUCUACAUCAUCACGGAGCCGACUGGGCAGCACCCUCUCCGAAUGCUCCUCCUCCUCCACCCACUCCGGGGGCCUGAGUGUCACCGGCUGCCUCUCGGACUUCUCACUCUAUGUCUUCCACCCGUACGGAGGGGGGCAGAGACGGCUAGGCAGCAUACAGGAGCAUGCAGGCGGAGGGGUGCUGGAGAUGUCUCGCAAGGACUCACUCAGCCUCAAUGUGGAGUUCAUCAAGGUGAACAUCUCAAGGAGUCGGAAGAUGGAGUUGCGGGGAGCCUCAGAGAACUCCCUGUCAGGCAACAAGGAGGCCCAGAUGAAGUCCAAUGUGGUCAGGUUCUCAGCCAUCUGUGACAUUGGCACAGCCAGCUUCAAGUACGACAUGAGACGUUUGUCCGAGAUACUGUCUCUGCCUAAGGCCUGGUACCGAAGAAACCUGGCCCGCCGCCUGUUCCUGGGAGACGAGAGCAUCGUGCACACGGGGGCUGAUGCAGAAGUAGAUGCCACCUUGUCUUCAAACCGUCCGACUUUGUCCACACAAGCCUCUCUUUCAUUCCCUUCCCUUACCGUAGUAGAAGAGAAUGAACCCUUCCGGCUAACUCAUCAUCGAAGGGUUUCCUCGGGAGAUAAAGUUAAAAUCCAGAUCAGUUCUGACUUGAAGAAUGAAAUAUACCAGAAAUCAUCCAGGAGAGGUUCCUCAGUCCCCCAGUCCCCAACAGAGGGAGGAGGUAGCAAUGUCACCCCCAAGCUGGGCGCGCCCGGGGCACGCAAGUCUCGUGCCUACUCAUCCCCAGAUACAGGUCGCCAUCGGUCGUCAUCGGCACCGCCAGCACCCACCAGCCGCUCCAGCAAGUGGGAGACCCUUGUGUUGUUUGCUGUCAACCUGUCCCGGCUCGAUGUCGACGUCAACAUGAGCAACGUCAUGGGAAACACCCUAUGGAGCACCAGGGAGCUGAAGAGUCAUGGCCGCCUGUCUAUAGACAGCAGUGGACACAAGAACCUCAAGAUUACUGGAGGACUGGGUGGAUCAUCCUUCGAGUCUCGAGGAGGAGUUGUAGGUGGCGCCAUCGAUCUACUUAGUCUGCAGACAUUCUUCCACGUAACGGAGGACCCUGAACUGGGCAAGGAUCCGGACCACCGUGCAGGACUGACCCUGGAGGCCAUCGAGGGUCGUGUGGACUACAUGGGGAGCAGCGUCCUGAUGACCCGGCUCAGCCUCCUGGACCUGCUGCUGCGAGACGAGUGGCACGUGGAGUCCGACACACACAGCGACACACCACUGGCCACCAAGAGAUCGGCCUACUUGUUUGUGAAUGGUGACCUGCACUGGGAACAGUUCCAUCUCAUGAUCUCGAGGUCCACGACGCCUGACCUCAUCAAGCUGGUGGCCAAGCUGGACGAGUUCUUCACACAGCAGCUGACCAGCAGUAAGAGGGUCCUAUCCGCGUUUGGACCCAUCCCGCCCCGGAACCGGACCACGUCGCAGAGGAAGUUGUCAGAAGACAGUGAGUUUUUAUCCGAGCUGCGGCACCACCGACACUGGCAGGGGGCGCUGGAGCAGCUGGUGGGGUGCAACUUCCGCAUGCUGCCGCAGAUACUGCCAAGCGAGGGGAUGAUCCUCGGGGGCACCGUCACGCUGCAGGGGGAGAACCUGUCACUUGCCUCAUUCCACGGCAUCAACUUCAGAUCCAAGUCCUGGGCCAUCUUCAAUAUCCGAGAGCCGUACAUCUAUUUCUCCACGGAGGCGCAAAAAACACCAGACAGAGGUACCCAUGUAGUCCAGGAUCUCACCUUCAUCAUCGGCCACAAGUUGACGAAGGGAGGCACGUCCAGCCAGCCGCCCCCCAACAGCUCCGCCCCCCACAUGGCAACCAUCUGCAAAGUGUCGCGGGGUCACUACGUUCCUCAACAGUUCACCAGUGUCCAGGAGUGGUUCAACUACGCAUUCUCCUCCUCCGACAUGAAAGACAUAGAUUCCUUCCCGAGUGUACGACGUGAACACUGUGAGAGUCCGACUGAGCACCGCAAGUCUCGCAAGCCCCAGGCCUACAACCAUGAGUCCGAGAUGAUCUUUGCCUUCCCCUCGCUGUACAUGAACCUCAAGACUUUCCACUACCAGGGGGAGCACGAGCCCCAGAAUGAUGAUCCCCAGCCGGUGGUUGAAAGCAGCUUUGUGACCGAGUUCUAUGACCACAUCUUCGUCGCCAUGGAUGCCGAGGUCAUCCUCUUCCUCCACGACCUUGUGUCCUCGUACAUCAAGGAAAAGGACAAAGGUGCCCGGUCAUCCUAUGGUCAGGCAUCUAAGGCCGCCAAGGCCACUGACUUGGACAAGAAGAAGUUAACAGACCCAACAGAAGCCUUGAAGCAGGACUACCGAGACUUCCACUGCAAGACCUGGCAGCUCGAGCCAACAGUUCGACUACUGCACUGGGCCAGCAAGCAGAUCGACCCAGUCGGUGUGGACUUUGUUCUGCAGAAGCUAGGCUUCUCUCACGCCAGGGUGACCAUCCCCAAGUGGAUGCAGAGGGGAGUGAUGGACCCCCUUGACAAGAUUCUGUCCAUGCUCGUCAACAGCCUUGUGGUGGCGCUAAAGGACCAGCAGGAUCGGGAUGUUGUGGACGAUGUAGACUGAGAGAGGGGUGUUGUAUCACGUCUAUGCUGGGGAACAGCCUUAUGGUGGCUCUGACAGAUCAGCAAGACUGAGAUAUUGUCGAGCCUGGAGCCUGGAGAAUGUUGAAUCCCAUGGAUAUUGCCUAAACCAUGCUGUGGGUGCACUCGAGGACCAGCAGGAUCAGGAUCUUUGGAUCAGUGUUGACUGUGACCUUGUGUUGAACACUCGAGCAUGACCCGGUAUCGGAGCAUGACCCGGUAUCGGAGCAUGACCCGGUAUCGAAGCAUGACCCGGUAUCGAAGCAUGACCCGGUAUCGAAGCAUGACCCGGUAUCGGAGCAUGACCCGGUAUCGAAGCAUGACCCGGUAUCGGAGUGUGACCCGGUAUCGAAGCAUGACCCGGUAUCGGAGCAUGACCCGGUAUCGGAGCAUGACCCGGUAUCGAAGCAUGACCCGGUAUCGGAGUGUGACCCGGUAUCGGAGCAUGUCCCGGUAUUGAAUAUUAAUCCAUAACCUACACAGAUUCCUCUGGGAAGGAAUAGUUUGGUUAUUUGGAGGUUCUCCUUGGGAUCUGUCAGCUUGAUAACCAGUGUGAACUUCAGUUAAUUGUCUGUCAGUAGAGACCCCAACAGCAGUGGUAGAGACAUAGAAGGUUUUGUAAACUUUCUACUGUUACUCAAUGUCAAUACCAUUAUAGAAACUACAAGCCCUCCCUGCACAAACUAGCCUUAUGGCACAUGGGGGUGUCCAGAUAGACCUGCUUCUAGCCACUGACUUCAUGAUAUUAUACUAAUCAUGAUCUGAAAUUGAACAUUAGAUCUGAAAAUAUAGGAGUAUAUCUUAAGUUUCUCUCUUGUGUGUAACCAAGAUAUACAAUAUUAACUGUAAUAAGUUCCCUCGGUGCUUUAAAACAUUAUUGAGUGUUGAUUAAUAUCAUACACAAGUUAAGUUUAUUGUCAGAGGUCAAGCGGUAAAGAACAAAUUUAGUUCAAACGUCAAUGAAACUAAACUUUUUCAUUAAUGAUUACUUAACAAUUAUAUAUACACAAUAAUAUAUGGACUGUCGUGUAAACAAUAAUAUAUGGACUGUCGUGUAAACGUGCGGCUUAUUACUUGAUGCUUAGAAAUAUUGUUUACAGACUGGUCUGGAAGUUGGUCAGAGGCGUUUAUUGGAGUGGGGCCCUUAAUAUGGUGAAUACGGUACUUGUAUUAACUAUCCUACUUUACAAUUCCAUAUACUUAGAAGAAGAGAGAAUUACAUUGUAUCAUAUUGUGUGUCAAGACACCCUGAUGUAACACUUAGUGUUGGUUAUUAUGGGUCUAACGACAUGUUUUGUAACAGGGGCUCUGAGCAGAUGACGACAUAGCCUGUUUCCACAAAGAGCUGCAACUGUUUAAUGGUUUAACAUAGACUUACAGCAGUCAAAGCGCUAUGAUUGUCGUAUCUCUCAUAGUUUAACAUAGACUUAC